AUUAAGAAAUAAAAGGGAAAGUUAAAUAUAAGACAUAAUAAUAGAGGAAUUCAUGCAAAAAGAUAAACAAAAUUGAUUAAUUUCCUGUCACAUUUAUUCAAUUUAUUUAUGCCCUGUUAGUGACAUAUGUGUUUGUACUGAUGCUAUUGUAUUUGUGUGUGUGUGUGUGUGUGUGUGUGUGUGUGUGUGUGUGUGUGUUUGUGUCAGGUUUUAUAUUUUGUACUAACUGCUGCUGAGAUUAAUGCUCAUUUCAGGCCGAUGAACAGACAUUUACAACAUUUCUAACAUUUCUAAUUUAUAUCAGCUUUGGCACUUUACGACACUCUGAGGAGUGCUGUCGCUUUAAGAAGGUCGUUAGACCGCUCCGUCAUGACCCUCACCUUGUGAUCAGGGAUCAUGGGUAAUGUAGGACUGACAGUGUUGAUGAAGUUCCUUAUGUUAUGUUGAGUAUACCGAGUAUUUAUUUCAUAUUUUUACUCUGAUAUUAACAAACAAUAUUUGUGUUUUUUUUCAUAUCAGAAGGAGUCGUCUCUUUUUACUGUUACAGUUUAACAUUUUUCAAGUGAAGAUGUAAAAUUGUAGGAUGCCGUUGGUAUGGAGGCCCUAACGUGCCAAAAAGUGAUUUUUUAAAAAUUUCAUUUUGUGCACAUAAAAUUAAAAGUUUGUUUUUCUGACUGUAAACAUUACCAGUUUGUGUCUGAGGAUGUCACAGUGUCAUCUCAGUUUGAUUUGAAAUAUAUUCUUAUUUUCAUUUCUUGGGUUUUAUAUGUUUAUUGUAUUGAGUCACUUUUAUUUUCAGGUUUGUUUUCUAUAACAUUGACUUAUAUUAUACUGGGUAGAUGAUUUUUUUUUUCUUUAUAAUGUGAUGCAUUUUAACACGUUCCACGGUCUAUAAUGUGGUAUAAUUUUUUGUCAAGGCAUUUCCUGCUGAGACUGUUGAAGGCUAAAGAGUUGUUUUGAGGUUUUCUGCUGGAGGGACUUUGUGCCACCAGAUGGAGCCGCUUCACCACAUCUGGAACAGCUGAGAGACUGAAACGGUCUGUGAAGAUGAGUGAAGAAGCACCGGUGUGUCGGCUCGUGUUCAGAGAAAGUAAAACGAGGUAAACUGAGGCUGCCGACGGCAGCAGGGCGCAGUGAAGCCGAUCGGUGGAGUUAAAAACCAGCCUGGACUGGUGGUCUGGUGGUCUGUAUUUCACCCAACAGUAAUGAACUUUAUUGACCAGCAUAAGAGCUGAAUGCAAAUUAAAUCAAUAGAAAGCAAAACAAUCCCUUAAUCUCUGCUUUAAUGAUGCCUUAAAGUAAGAAAAUACACAAAAACUCUAAAUUCAGAGACAAACAGAAACAAAUAAGUUCCGUUCUUGUUGCCAUGGUAACUGCGUCAUCACUCCUGAGGAAGGUGCCUUCAAAGCUUUUACUACAAGCUGGACCACAAACAUACUCCUUGUAUGUUGAGUCAUGGUAUAAGCAGUUAAACACGUUAAAGUUCAGUAAUGUAUGAAAAACAUGGAGGAGGUGGAGGGUUAAACGUUGAAGAAACAAACUAACAUCAGAGUUGCGGUUUUUGAGAUGUCGUGGCUGAGCCUGAUUUCUUAUCCGAACAUAAAUCUUUGAGAAGUUCUUGUGCGACUGUCCGUGUAUAAACUGUGUCAUUUGUCAUUUUCUGUGUAUUUCAGGCAGCAGUGUUAUGGGUUUUGAUUUUUUUAGUAUUUUCAGUGAAUUCAAACCCCCAAGAAUCCUCUGAAAAUCAGUUCAGUGAACCCAAAUGACACAAGUGAACAAGUUUCACGUCUGGCUGUUGCGCGUCUGAAGAAACUUAACUUGGUAUUUUGCGGUUUCAUCAGCAGGUCUUGAAGCAGCAGAGUCACCAGACACAGGAAGUCAGCAGCGCUCUUUUCUUUCUGUGGAGGAGGUUUGAGGGCAGAGCGCCGCUGUGUCUGAUGAUGGAUCUGCUCUGGAUGAUCCUCCCGGUAUUUUUGUUGCGUGUCGAGGCUCAGAACCUGACGGAGGUUACGGUUGAGCUUGGCCAGAGCGCCACCUUCAACUGCUCUCUGAGCACGACCGUCCACUGGCUGAUAGAGAUCCGCAGUCAGGUCAAAGGACUCAUCGCCGUAACUUUUACUCCAGAUCCAGAAGAUGCCCAGUACUCCGUUUUUACAGCGCUGAAAACCAAGUAUGUGGCCAUGGGGAACAGACUGGUGAUCACAGACGUCUCAGAAGAAGACUGCCGGCUUUAUUUCUGCGGCAGGAAGACAAACAACAUCAUUGCAGUGUCAGACAGAUUCCUCCUCCGCUCAGGUCAAAGGUCAGCUUCACAGCAGAGCAGCUGGAUGUGGCGGAGCGACCCUGUGGUUAACGCCUCCUUCGCCUUGAAUGUCCUCCUCUCAGUGAUAACAGGUUUGGUCUUUAUUUCUCUGUGUUUGAAGAAGAAGAACCGUAACUACCAGGUGACUGACGCCUCCCUGUUAACCAAUCAGAACGCAGAGACACUGGAGACGCCACAGUACGAGGAGAUCCAGAUCAGAGCUCCUCCUGCUGCUGGUGCUGCUCCAGAGUGUAUUUACUACAAAGCUCAGCUCCCUCGACCCAUACUGCCUCAGUACUGACACCUCAACAACCUACUGUUGCCUAAACACCUGACUGUACCUGGACACCUGGAUCAUACCUGGACAACCUAGCUUUUGGCCCGAUCCGGCGGGGGUGGUUUUGAGUCCGUUCAGACCUGCCACUGUGGCUCUGCUUCCUCUCUUUCUUUCUUUUCUGUUCCUGCUCUCUGUCAUUCAUGUUUAAGUCGUAACUGCUGAUCAGUGACUCCAGGAUCCUCACUGAGUCCUCAUCCUUUUUACUGCUCAUCACCUUCGGUCUGUUGAACUGCACUAUGCUUCCCUUGUUUCCAAGCUUUCCUGGAUCCUGGCCGUAACCCUGGCUGCGCCCGAUCGUUGUGAUUUCUGUGCUGGUGCUGUGACUCUGCCUUUGUACUGGACCCCCCCACUCACCUUGACAACCAAAUCUUACCGAAAUACCGAACACUUCUCUCUCUGUGGAAGAUGAAGCGGUUCUCACUGACGUUCCUCUGUCGCUGUCUGAUGAUGGAUCUGCUGUGGAUGAGCCUCCCCCGGUGUUUCUGCUGCACGCCAAAGCUCAGAACCUGACCGAGGUUAAGGUGGAGCUGGGUCAGAGCGCCACCUUAAAUUGCUCCCCGAACACAGCGACCAUCCACUGGUUGAUAGAGAUUCGCAGUGAGGUCAGAGGACUCAUUGCUAGAACCUUUUCUACAGAUCCAGAAGAUGCCCAGUACAACGUUUUUACACCGCUGAAAACCAAAUAUGUGACCAUGAGGAACAAACAUGUGGUCACAAACGUCUCUGAAGAAAACUCAGAUUACUCAGGUUACUCAGAAGAAAGACUGCCGGCUUUAUUUCUGCGGCAGGAAGACAAACAGCGGCACUGAAGUCUCAGAAACCUACCUCCUCUCAGGUAACACACAGGUAGCACUUCGUGCUUCUUUUUUAAUGCUGAAAACCUCAUGACACACAAAUGUGAACAGUAGCCUGGAGUCUUGUGUUUAAAAUGUAUUUUUACAUUUUGUUUUAUCGUAAAAGUUUUAGAUUAAUGGUUGUUACUGGCUGUCAGAGGACAGGCCACAUAUGGCACGAAUCCUGAAAUAGUUCUGAAGUUUGUUGUGUAUCGUCUAACAGCGUCUCAAACCUGAUAACCUUUCAGAGCAGAUCUUCUGACUUUCCACUUCAAGUAUUCAGGAAUAAACAACACCUGUUUCAGUGUGCAA